AUGACAAAGAUCGUUGAGAAGACCAUGAAAGAGAAGCGCCACAUUAUCAUCAUUGGUGCUGGAUUCGCAUCAUCUGGGGAGAUCCAAAGUUACCUAUCACACGUUGUGGAUCACUUUGACCUGGCUCAGCACAUCGAGUUCAAGACAACGGUGACAAGAUCUGCCUGGUCUGAGCAGGAAAGCAAAUGGCUAGUCAACACCGAACGCAAUGGUAUUGUCAACACGGGCAGGAAAGCCGAUGUCCUGAUCAAUGCAGCCGGAAUCUUGAACCACUAUCGGUAUCCCGAUAUACCUGGACUACAAAGACACGGAAAGCGAGACGCGACCCACCAAUACAUCACGCAGUUUACCAUCGUCGUGGUACACGUCCGACGCUAUCUAUCAGCUUGA